ACUGGUUAGAGAUAGACAAGAGUCGAUGGAAUUCAAGGGAAGUUGGACUUUGUUUCCUUGUGGCUACAUAAAGAUGCUAGGCUGAUUCCUCUGUUGACUCCGCCCCGGGUUCUGCCAUCUGUUCUCCUACAGGUUGAUUAUUUUGAAGAGAGAUGAGUUUUUACAAAGACUGGACCUUCACGCAGACUGAGUGGGGAGGGCUCUCUUCACGGCAAUCUCUUUCCUUCCAGGAGAUGUUUGGCUACAAGACCCACGGCUUCCGGAGGGCCCUGUGCCUGGCUGGCUACAUCCUGUCCUGCGGAGGCCUCCUGCUUCUCUUCCACUGGAAACCCGAGUGGGACGUCUGGGCCAACUGCCAGCCCUGCAGCUUGGAAGAGGCCGACGUGGUGCUGCUCAGAACCACAGAUGAAUUUCAGAUUUGCACCCAGAAAAAGGUGACCUGGACCCCUUUGUCUGCCCACUUGAAACCCAGCUCUCUUGCCACGGACGACGAGGAGGAGUCCCUCCUGAACAAGGUCAUCGUGAAAUCAGACUUCAAGCUACGGUCCCUCCAGGUGCAGAAGAUCCGCUACGCCUGGGACUUCUCUGCUCGAGAGUUUCGGAAGGUUGGAGUCCUGGAGGACCACCACAGUUGCCUGGAGAUGCAUGCCAAGUUUGGGGCAGGGCUGACAAGCCCCGAGCAGGAACUCAGGAGAGAAAUCUGUGGCCCCAACGCCAUCGACAUUGAAGUCACACCGAUCUGGAAGCUGCUGGUCAAGGAGGUUCUCCAUCCAUUUUACAUCUUCCAAGUCUUCAGCGUCUGCCUGUGGUUUGCAGAGAACUACACGGAGUAUUCUGUGGCCAUAAUCAUCAUGUCCCUCCUUUCCAUUUCACUCACUGUGUAUGACCUCAGAAAGCAAUCCGUGAAGUUGCACCAGCUGGUGGAAUCCCAUAAUAGUGUCCUGGUCAAGGUGUUCAGCAAACAGACAGGCAUCCAGGAGGUGGAAUCCCGCCAUUUGGUGCCCGGGGACACCCUGAUUCUGGACGAGGGCAGAAGCCUGCUGCCUUGCGAUGUCCUCCUGCUCAAUGGCCAGUGCGUCGUGGAUGAAGGCAUGCUGACGGGGGAGAGCCUUCCCGUCACCAAGACCAGCCUGAGCCGUGAUUGCAAGAGCGCCCAGCCGUGGCAUCUCAGCUCCGCGGAGGACAGCAAGAGGCACCUCCUGUUCUGCGGGACGGACGUCAUCCAGGCGAGGGGAGACGACGGCGGACCAGCAAGGGCUGUCGUGCUGAGGACCGGUUUCAACACAGCCAAGGGAGACCUGGUGAGGUCCAUCCUGUAUCCUAAGCCCAUGAACUUCCGCCUCUACCGGGAUGCCAUGCAGUUUCUCUUGUGUCUCUUCGUGAUGGCUGGCAUUGGAAUGGUCUACGCUGUCUGUGUCUUUGUAAUCAAUGGGCAAGAGGCAGGUGAGGUGGUGAAGAAAGCCCUGGACGUCAUCACGAUCGCCGUGCCCCCAGCUCUGCCUGCCGCUCUGACCACAGGCAUCAUCUACACCCAGAGGAGGCUGAAGAAAAAGGGGAUUUUUUGCAUCAGUCCCCAGAGGAUUAACGUAUGCGGCCAGCUGAACCUCAUCUGCUUCGACAAGACAGGCACCCUCACUGAAGAUGGGCUGGACCUCUGGGGCAUCGUCUUGGCUGAAGGAAAGAGCUUCCAGAAGGUCCAUCGCUUCUCUUCUGGCCAGCUGAUGUCCUGGGGCCCGGCGUAUGCAGCCAUGGCCUGCUGCCAUUCCUUGAUGGUCCUGGACGGGAAGAUUCAGGGGGAUCCGCUGGACCUCAAGAUGUUUGAGGCAACUCACUGGGAACUUGUGGACUCCGUUGAGUGGGAAGGAGGACCAGCAAAUGUUCUGAUGGUCAGACCGGGACCUGAAGCUGCGGAGGCGCCUGUCAAGGGCCUGGCGGUCCUUCGGCAGUUCCCCUUCUCUUCAGCCCUGCAACGGAUGACGGUGGUGGCCCAGGAGUUCCCCGGGGACAGCCAGGUCUUCAUGAAGGGCGCCCCAGAGAUGGUGGCCAGUUUCUGCCAGCCAGAGACAGUGCCCCCCAGCUUUGCCCGCAAGCUCCAGGGCUGCACUUCCCAGGGCUUCCGUGUCAUUGCGCUGGCGCACAAACGUCUGCAGGAAGGAAGACCGGUCACCUCCCUGACCAGGGAAGAGGUGGAGUCCGGCCUGACCUUCCUGGGCCUGCUGGUCAUGGAGAACCGCCUGAAGAGCGAGACCAGGCCGGUCCUGCAGGAGCUCAGCCAGGCCCGCAUCCAGAGCGUGAUGGUCACAGGUGACAACCUUCAGACCGCGAUCACUGUGGCCAGGAGCGCAGGCAUGAUCCCCCACGGCAACCGGGUGAUCCUGGUGGAAGCCAGUGCCCAGCCAGGCCAGCCCUCGGCCUCCGUCAGCUGGCAAGAGCUGGAGGAGCCCAGCCAGGAAGGCAGCAGCAGAGCAGAGAUGGUGGUUCUGGAGCCGGAGGGAGACCCUCCGCCCGCCAGGGACCGUGGCUUCCACUUCUGCCUCAGUGGGAGCUCCUACGAGGUCUUCAGCCAGCACUUUGGGCAGCUCCUCCCGCAGCUGCUCCUGAACGGGACGGUCUUUGCCCGGAUGUCUCCUGCUCAGAAGGCCCACCUGGUGCAACAGUUCCAGCAGCUUGACUACUACGUGGGCAUGUGUGGAGACGGGGCCAACGACUGUGGGGCCCUGAAGGAGGCUCACGCGGGGAUCUCCCUCUCCGAGCAGGACGCCUCGGUGGCCUCCCCCUUCACCUCCAAGGUCCCCACCAUCGAGUGCGUGCCAGAACUGAUCAGGCAUGGCCGGUCUGCCCUGGUCACCUCCUUCUGCAUGUUCAAGUACAUGGCCCUCUUCAGCCUGGCCACCUACAUUGGCGUUCUCCUGCUCUACUGGCAACUAAACUCCUUCGCGAAUUACCAGUUCCUCUUCCAAGACCUGGCCAUCACCACCGUCAUUGGGAUGACAAUGAGCCUGAACGGGCCCCACCCCGGGCUGGCGCCCUAUCGGCCCCCCACGCAGCUGCUGGCCCCUCCGCUGCUGCUCUCCGUGGUGCUGAACCUCCUCUUCAGCCUGGCAGUGCAGCUCUGUGGCUUCCUGAUGGUGCAGCAGCAGCUCUGGUACUCCCCCAACGACAUCCACAGUGCCUGCUCCCCUGAGAACGCCACUCACCGGCCAAGCCCUGGGCCCCAAGCCCCCCUGCCCCCCAGGGAUGGCUUCCAGAGCUACGAGAACACCAGCGUGUGGCUCCUUUGCACCCUCAACUGCCUGACGGUGGCCCUGGUCUUCUCCAAGGGGAAGCCCUUCCGGGAGCCUGUUUACAAAAACUACCUCUUCAUGGUGGUCCUGACGGUGCAGCUGGCCAUCUGCCUCUUCUUCCUCUUUGCCAACUUCGAGGGACUCUACGCCCAGAUGGAACUAGUGUGCACCCCCACCCUCUGGAGAAUCUGGCUCCUUGGGCUGCUGCUGGUCGCCUUCAUCGCCUCCUUUGCCGUGGAGGAAUGGCUGAUAGAGAACCGGGCGCUCUGGCAGUGGAUCAAGAGGGCCGUGGGGUACCAGUCCAGCAGCCGCUACAAGCAGCUCCAGCGGGCCCUGCAGGAGGACCCGGCCUGGCCCCCCAGCGACAGGACAGACGUCUCGAGCUCCACGGUCGUCCCCCUCAAAGGACCGGGCCCUGCCUACUCCAACCCGGCCUUCGUCAGCCACGAGCAGCCGUGCCACAAACGCUGAGGCCGGGUCUCUGCUGGCAGCACGCCUGGCCCGACCUCAAGGCACUGGCCCUGGAUGCCCCUUGGCACCUGCCCUGUGGGGGCAUUGAGAGCAGCUGGGAGAUGCCUAGCAGGGGGUCAGCAGUGGGGAGGCAGGAGCAGGGAGGGAAGCCCCCCUGGGAGCCUGGGAAGGAGCUGUGGGAGGGGCGGUGAUGGAGCAGUUGUAUGGAGGGUCCCAAAGGGAUCAGAUGUGGGGAAGGUCCCCUAAGACCCUGCCCUGUUAAGUCACAAGGAUGCCCCACAUCCUGGGGAGGGGAGGGGGCUUGCUCCAGCAGCUUCUUCUGGGCAGCCCUGGGCCAAAGAGGGCCUGGAAGGGGCCGCAGCUGCUUCAGCUCCCCCUGCCCCAAACCCAGGGACAGCCUUCCUCGCCCUUCUGCCCUCCAGAUGCUUGCAGCUGCCAAAGGGUCGUGUGUGAAGGCAGCUUCUCUGCCAGCCCUUCGCUCCUCGGAUCUGGCCCAGCUUCCUGCUCCCUUCCCCACCCAGGCGCCCCUCUUUCUUUCCUUCCCAUCCUUCGCCAGCAGGGGUCUCUCCUGCCUUUCUCAAGGCCCAGAAAGUCCCCCCCAUUUCCCCCUAUUGGGGUGUCUGAGGAAUCUCCAGGGUCCUUUGUGGGACCCUCAUCUCUCCUGGUAGAAACAGGCAGCUGCAGUGAUGGAUUCUGCCCAGCAGGGGUCAGUCUUUCCCUGUGCUCUGGGGGCCUCUAGUGGUCCCCUUGGGCAUUGCAGGGGCAGGUUGCUGAAAUCUGGAAGUUGCUGCUACUAUUUUGUUUACACUGAUUUUUGUUUAAAUGUUGGGGUCCAGUGGGGGCCUGCCUGCUGGCGAUGAUGACGAAGAUGACAGAGUGGUCUGCUUAAAGGAGCAGAUCCGGGGCGGCCAUCCUGGUCCUUUUCCCAGAACUUCAUCUUUCUUUAACAUUUUCUGUUCCGAGAACAGCCGAGAAAGAGCUCCCCCCCCCGCUUUAAUUAAA